AGUGUUAGUGUUAGUGAUGUGGGACCCAGGAGCAGGACAGGUCAAAAGCCUGGUAACGACGACGACGUAUUGACGUUUUCGAAGCAGCGUGUGACGUUUUCCACCACCUGUCCCCGUGAAAAUGGAAACAACCAAUUUAAUUAUUAUUCAUAACAGUUCCUGCAUCUGCAUUCUGCACUGCACCAUCUCUUAUAACUUGAUUGUAUUAUUAUUAUUAUAGCUGAGCUAGGGAGGGAGGAAUGGCGUCCAGAGGCGUGCCCAAGAGACGCCACGCCAUGAGUAGGAAAAUGCUGAUCCUCUUCUCGGCUUCCCUCUCCUGCGUCGUCGUUUUGCUCCUCGCUUCUCUCUUCAGAUUCCACUCUCCCAAACCCCCAAUUCAAGUUUCUCGUUCACGCCUCUUCUUCGAUGGCCCUCCCAAGAUCGCUUUCCUCUUCCUCGUUCGCCGCAACCUCCCUCUCGAUUUCCUCUGGGACGCUUUCUUCCAGAACGCCCACGUUUCCAGAUUCUCGAUUUACGUUCACUCCGCGCCCGGGUUUGUGUUUCAUGAGUCAACCACCAAGUCCCACUUCUUCUACGGUCGACAAAUCACUAAUAGCAUUCAGGUUUUAUGGGGAGAGUCAAGUAUGAUUCAGGCUGAAAGAUUGUUACUGGCAGCAGCUUUAGAGGACCCUGCAAAUCAAAGAUUUGUUCUUCUCUCGGAUAGCUGUGUUCCUUUGUACAACUUUUCCUACGUGUACAAUUAUGUCAUGGUUUCUCCUAGGAGUUUCGUGGACAGUUUUCUUGAUGCAAAGGAGGGCCGCUACAACCCAAAAAUGUCCCCUAAGAUACCAAGGGAAAAAUGGCGUAAAGGGUCCCAGUGGAUCACCGUAGUUCGUAAGCAUGCAGAAGUGAUUGUAGAUGAUGAUGUUAUCUUUUCUGUCUUUAAGAAAUAUUGUAAGAGACGUCCACCAAUUGAUACUAGAAAGGGAAAGCUGAAUCUGAAACUUCAGAAGCAGCACAAUUGUAUUCCAGAUGAACACUAUGUGCAGACACUGCUUGCAAUGCAUGGCCUUGAAGGUGAACUUGAACGUAGAACAUUGACCUUUACCUUGUGGAACCAGUCUGCAACAAAAAUGGAGAAUAAAGGCUGGCAUCCAUUUACUUUCACCUAUUCAAAUGCUGGCCCUCAAAGGAUAAAGGAAAUAAAGGGCAUCAACCAUGUUUAUUAUGAAACUGAGUACCGGAUAGAAUGGUGUCGCAGAAAUUCCACAUCCGUUCCAUGCUUUUUGUUUGCUAGGAAAUUCUCUGAGGGAGCUGCAAUGCGCUUGCUGAGCGAGGAUGUUGUUAAUGAUCACCCUGCACUUUUAGCCACUCCCCCAUGACCAUGACCUCCGCUUCUCUUCAAAGAAGCUCUAUACUGAUUACUCACUGACCUACUUAGACAUACUUCAGAGUUCAGACAUCAAAUGGGAUUACUACAUGUUUCAAUCGGCAUACUCCAUGCAAACAGAUUUUGAUGGGAUUACUAUACAGCAUACUCCUCACAAACAGAUUUAGAAGACAAAUAUUGUGGCUGUGCUUAGUUAAUGGUAGGGUAAACUAGCUGCGGAAAGGAUGUUAUGAGCUGAUAGGACCAUUUUAUGUGGCUUAGUGAGAAGUCUUAUACAUCAUACACAAUUUUAAAACAAUAAUCACACACACGAAUUAGUAAGUUAUUAUAUAAAAAUAAUUUUUUUAGUAACUUCUGGAAAUUUUAUCUUUUUAGUAUCUCCUCGCCCCUCAAACUCCGAUAGAGGAAGGCCUUGCUAGCGACGUAAUGAUUAUCUUUUUUAUUAUAAUCUGAUGUCUCUAACCAAAUUAACUUAAUUUUAAUCUGAUUAGUUUGAUACUAGAAAAAAAAAAAAAAAA